UAAAAUACAGCAAACUCAACCAACCAAGCAACCAGCUAAGCUAACCUCCAAAAAAAUCUCUCUGUUUCCAUUUCCUUUAUCCUCCAAUCUGCCAUGGCUGCUUCAGCUGUUACACAUCUUGCCACCAUUUUCACAUCACCUACUUCAAACUCCCCGUCCCCUUCCUUCCGUAAAUUAUCAAUAACUUCAACACUAAACAACAGAAUUAUUACUAAUAACAAUGAUAAGAAACCGUGCUCUCAAAGCUUUAAUGAUGAUCAUACAACUACUAGAAGAGAGUUCUUGAAAAGUAGCUCUGCAAUGCUGGCUCCGAUGAUCGUAACUAGUACUAAUUCUCCGGCUGCUGAAGCUCGAGAGGUGGAAGUUGGCUCCUUCCUCCCCCCUGCUCCUUCUGACCCUUCUUUUGUUCUCUUCAAGGCCACUACUAAAGACACCCCUGCUCUCCGUGCAGGAAAUGUUGAGCCGUACCAGUUUGUGAUUCCACCGACAUGGAAACAAGAUCGGAUAGCAAACAUACUGUCAGGAAAUUACUGUCAGCCCAAGUGUGCAGAGCCUUGGAUAGAGGUGAAAUUUGAGAACGACAAACAAGGAAAGAUUCAGGUAGUCGCUUCUCCUCUAAUACGCCUUACCAACAAACCAAACGCAACAAUUGAAGAUAUUGGGAGCCCGGAGAAGCUCAUUGCCUCACUUGGGGCGUUUGUCACUGGGAACACAUACGAUUCUGAUGAACUCAUUGAAACAUCAAUUGAGAAGAUUGGAGACCAAACGUACUACAAAUACGUUCUGGAGACUCCAUUUGCUUUGACGGGUUCUCAUAAUCUUGCAAAGGCAACAGCAAAGGGAAAUACGGUCAUCUUGUUUGUGGUAAGUGCAACAGAUAAGCAGUGGCCAUCAUCUCAGAAAACUUUAAAAACUAUUCUCGACUCAUUUCGAGUGUAGGCAUGUAAGGUAGGGAUCAGCAAAAAUCCGAAAUUUCUGCAUUUACGCAUGAAUAAUUUUUCGGCCAUGAGCAGAACUAUGCUCAAGAUGAGAUGUACUCCAUUGAUUUAUGCACAAAGUAAAAUGUAAGGUUGCACAGCCUCUUCCUAUACAAGUGUAGUAGUUUUGUUUAUA